AAACUUCAAAAUCAGAAUCCUCCCAUUGAAAAUUCCAUCCAAAAAACCAUCAAUUGGACAGCUUGUUGUCCUGAGAAACCAAACACAAAACUCUAUGUUUAAAAGGACAUUGGUUGGCACUUUAUAUAAUAAACUUCACACAUUAACAAUUCAAACACACAAAAUCACAACAAAACAAAGCUUGAGUACUGUGAAGUAGUAGUGUUGUGUUUGUUUAUCUUUUGAGGAAAAAUAUAAAAAAUGGCCAAUCUCAAUGCCACCGUUCCAUUACCUUCUAACCUAAUACCAGACUUUGCAAGUCCAGAAUGGAUGAACAAAGCCGACAACGCGUGGCAACUGACGGCGGCAACGUUAGUAGGGAUGCAGAGUGUUCCGGGGCUGUUAAUUUUGUACGGUGGUGCGGUCAAAAAGAAAUGGGCUGUAAAUUCGGCUUUCAUGGUUUUAUACGCAUUCGCUUGCGUUCUAGUUUGUUGGGUUGGUUGGGGUUACCAAAUGUCCUUUGGUGACAAACUAUUUCCUCUUUGGGGAAAAGCCAAUGUUGCAUUGGACCAGAAAUACUUCUUCCAGAAAGCGUUUCUUGGAAUGAUACCAAAUGCAACUAUGGUGUACUUUCAGUUUGUUUUUGCAGCUAUAACAUUGAUUCUUAUUGCUGGAGCAUUGUUGGGGAGAAUGAAUUUCUAUGCGUGGAUGUUGUUCGUUCCUCUAUGGCUAACGUUUUCGUACACUGUUGUGGCUUUCAGUAUAUGGUCUACUAAUGGGUAUUUUUCUGUUAAUGGAAUUAUUGAUUAUUCUGGUGGAUAUGUCAUUCACUUGUCUUCUGGUGUUGCUGGUUUCACUGCUGCAUAUUGGGUUGGACCUAGACUGAACAAGGAUAGAGAAAGGUUCCCUCCAAAUAACAUUCUUUUGAUGUUGGCGGGGGCUGGAUUGUUAUGGUUAGGAUGGACAGGAUUCAAUGGAGGAGACCCUUAUGUAGUCAGCAUGGAUGCUUCAUUAGCCGUAUUGAACACUCAUAUUUGUACUGCCACUAGUUUGCUCACUUGGCUUGUUCUUGACAUUGUGUUUUUCGGAAAACCCUCUGUCAUUGGCGCAGUCCAAGGAAUGAUCACUGGCUUGGUCUGUAUCACCCCAGCUGCUGGGGUCGUACAAGGAUGGGCAGCCAUUAUCAUGGGUAUAUGUUCGGGCUCCAUCCCAUGGUUCACUAUGAUGGUUGUUCAUAAGAAAUGGAAAAUUCUUCAGAAGGUUGAUGACACCAUGGCUGUACUUCACACUCACGCUGUCGCCGGAACCCUAGGGGGACUUCUAACUGGCCUCUUCGCAGAGCCGAAGCUCAAUUUUUUGUUCUAUGGUCACUAUAAUGAGUACAUGGGGUUAUUUUAUGGUUUUCAUAUGGGAAAAGUGAGGGAAGGAUUUAGGCAAAUGGGGUGGCAAAUUUACGGGAUAGUGUUUGUUGUUGUCCUAAAUAUCAUUAUGACCAGCCUUGUUUGCAUUGUGGUGAGAUUAAUUGUUCCUUUGAGGAUGUCAGAAGAGGAUUUGGAGAUCGGAGAUGAAGCAGCCCAUGGAGAAGAAGCUUAUGCCAUUUGGGGUCAAGGUGAGAAAGAAGCGAAUGCUAAUAACCACAAGUAUGGAGGAGGUCACAUUGAGAUGGCGUAAGUAGAAAUUUCAUGUCUUGCAUAUGGAUGAUUGAGCUCUCUCUCUCUCUCUCUCUCUCUCUCUCUCUCUCUCUCUCUCUCUCUCUCUCUCUCUCUCUCUCUCUCUCUCUAUGUUUAAGUCUAAUGUCUGAGUUGUAAUAAAAUCGUUAUACUGUUUCUAC